AUGCGCACAGAAGCUUCUUUUCCCGUUCCGUUCCACAACACACCCGAUACGUGCCGGAGACCGGAACCGUUUCGCUUUCAACCCGAUACAAACUCUCUUUACCGAUCUAUAAUUGAAAACCAACUCUCAUUUCCCAUUUCUGAACCGUUUGUUCCACCGAACCACCUCCCCGAAUCAUCAUCCACUGUUUCGGUCGUUCUCUCACUUUGCAAUGAUGCUAACGAGACGAAACCUGAGGACGGGACCGGAAGAGCUCCGGUACUCGAUGGAAUUGGCGCUGUGGUGGGCGAGCACGUUCUGUUCGGAACCAACAACGACAACGGGAACAACAAGGAAUCCGAGACCAAAACGACGGAGAAGUCGAGCGUUGUUCCGGUAGUGAAGAACUACAGAGGAGUGAGGAAGAGGCCGUGGGGGAGGUGGUCAGCGGAGAUACGUGACCGAAUAGGGCGAUGCAGGCACUGGCUAGGCACGUUCGACACGGCGGAGGACGCUGCGCGUGCGUACGACGCGGCUGCGAGGAGGUUGAGGGGUUCAAAGGCUCGAACUAACUUCGAAAUACCUCCGAUCUUUCCGCACUUGUCAACAUCAACACCAACAACCAAAUCUAGUGAGGGGAAGAGGGGUAAGGCUAAACUGACAAGCAGUGUGAAGAGGAGUAACAGACAGUGCUCUGUAGUUACUUCCAUAGCUCAAUUAGUUAGUGCAGGUUGUGGCAGUGAGCUGGAUUUAAAACUGGGUGUGGGCUUUAGAGGGAAUAACUGAUAAGGGUCUGUGACUUUUGGUUGCCUUUUGUAGCUCU